UUCACUCCAGUAUGCCAGUGUUGAGAAAGAUGGAGAGCAUUACAUGACCCCAGAAGAUUUUGUGCAAAAAUACCUAGGACUUUAUGCAGACCCACGUUACAAUCCUAAAACAGUGCAGCUGGUGGCUGGAGUGGCAGAUCAAACGAAGGAUGGGUUGAUUUCCUAUCAAGAAUUUUUGGCAUUUGAAUCUGUUUUGUGUACUCCAGAUGCAAUAUUCAUUGUUGCUUUUCAGUUAUUUGACAAGAGUGGCAAUGGAGAAGUAACAUUUGCAAAUGUCAAAGAAAUAUUUGAACAAACUAUUAUUCAUCUUCAAAUCCCCUUCAACUGGGACUGUGAGUUCAUUCGGCUGCAUUUUGGACAUAACAGGAAGAAGCAUCUUAACUAUUCAGAGUUCACUCAGUUUCUUCAGGAGCUGCAGUCAGAACAUGCAAGACAAGCCUUUGCAUUGAAGGACAAAAAUAAAAGUGGUAUGAUAACUGGGCUGGACUUCAGUGACAUCAUGGUUACCCUUCGCUCACACAUGCUAACUCCAUUUGUGGAAGAAAAUUUAGUUUCAGUAGCUGGUGGAACUGUUUCACAUCAGGUCAGCUUCUCCUUUUUCAAUGCAUUUAAUGCUCUUUUGAAUAACAUGGAUCUUGUUAGGAAGAUAUACAGUAAUAUAGCAGGUACAAGAAAAGAUGUUGAAGUCACAAAAGAGGAAUUUACCCACUCUGCAAUCCGAUUUGGACAAGUGACACCACUGGAAAUAGAUAUUCUCUACCAACUUGCAGAUCUAUACAGUGUUACUGGGCGCUUAACUUUGGCAGAUAUUGAGAGGAUAGCACCGCUGGCUGAAGGUGCAUUACCUUACAACUUGGCAGAACUGCAGAGGCAGCAAUCUUUUGGAGAGUUAGGCAGGCCUAUCUGGCUCCAGGUAGCUGAGUCAGCUUACAGGUUCACUUUGGGCUCAAUUGCUGGAGCUGUUGGUGCUACUGCGGUAUAUCCCAUAGACCUGGUGAAAACUCGUAUGCAGAAUCAGCGCACCUCUGGUUCAGUCGUGGGAGAGCUGAUGUAUAAAAACAGCUUUGACUGCUUUAAAAAGGUUUUGCGUUUUGAAGGCUUUUUUGGUCUUUACAGAGGCUUGUUACCACAGCUGAUAGGUGUUGCUCCAGAAAAGGCUAUUAAGCUAACUGUUAAUGACUUUGUCAGAGACAAAUUUACUAAGAAAGAUGGUUCCAUUCCAUUCCCUGCAGAGGUCCUUGCUGGAGGCUGUGUAAGUAUCCCUCCCCUAUUCCUGGGAAAAAUUGAUUCUCAGUCAUGA